AUGGUAGCUCUCCUAUCGCGCGUGCUGCGCCGUUUGCCCAGCGGCUGGGCAAGACGACAUGGCCAUGACCGAGCCUUGGCCACACUGGGCACAACUGCCGAGGCUGGCCCCUUGUUUCAAAUCACCAACAGCCUUACACGACAAGUGGAGCCGCUGCCCAUUCCCAGCGGACGACCCCUGUACUGGUAUCAAUGCGGGCCUACUGUCUACGACGACGCUCAUCUCGGGCACGCCAUGUCGCAUUUGCGCCUCGAUGCCCUGCGUCGAAUCCUCGAAGCGGCAGGAGUGUCAUUGAUUCAAGCCAUGAGCGUCACAGACAUCGAUGACAAAAUUAUUGCCCGCGCGCACGCGAACCAGCGCAAUUGGCAGGACCUUGCGCGCGAGAUGGAGCAGCACUUCUGGGACGACAUGGCCAAACUCAACGUGUUGCCUCCGCACCUUCCGCUGCGCGUCUCUGAGCAUAUGAACAGCAUCAUCACAUUUAUUCAGAACAUCUUGGACCGCAAUCAUGCAUAUGCCGCUGAAGAUGGCAGUAUUUAUUUCGACGUGACUGCCUUUGGCCUUGAUCGCUACGGUCCCUUUGGCCUAUCCGAAAGCAAUGCACAAGACGCGGAACCUCGUGCACACGACAUUCGAAGCCCACGUGACUUUGCUCUUUGGAAAGCUAGUCGUCAUUCAGAUGAACCUGGUUUCGAAUCUCCUUUUGGCCGAGGUCGCCCAGGCUGCUGCUUCGUGCACACUGGCAUGCUGUUGCUCAACUCGGUCAAAAUGUCCAAGUCUCUCGGCAACUCGCGUUCUAUUCGCGCUUUUUUGGCGGACCACAGCGCAGACAGUCUUCGCUACAUUGCCCUACAGGGAUACUAUGACACCAGUCUAGAUUUAACUUCAGAGUUGAUCGACGGGGCUGAAAGUGCCGUGCGUAAGCUGGCCCAAUUCGUGGCCCGCACACGACAACUGGCAAAGCUUGAAAGCAAAGCGCAAGCUAGCGACUACAAAGAAAGUGUUCGGCUUCUCCUGCAACGCGAGUUCAACACGGGAGGCGCUUUGCAACGUAUAUUUCGAGAGAUGCGUGAGCUCAAGCUCGGCACCGUCAGCAAACAAGUGGAUCCCGGUGUCACAGCACGAGCCCAGGAGGUUCUUCAAACACUACGCACACUGGGCUUCAAUUGCGCACAACCACCUGAGGCCACUUCGGAGGGGGUCCAGACCGACCAGGACACGACUGCUGUGCUCACCAAGGCCCUCGAUGAAAUGGUCCAUUUUCGCCAUACAAUACGGCACGAAGCAACCACGGCGCCGCGUGAGAAUGCGAUGCGAGGCUCACUAUUCGCCGCGUGUGACCGCGCUCGCGCACGACUCGGUACGUCGUGCGUCAACCCGUGUGUUUCACUGGUGUGCGACUAUCGCUGUGGCAAGCACUAG